AGUAAAUUAACAUCCAACAGUCUCGGUGUGAACAUUAUUUCCAUUAAUUUUCGUUAUGACUAAUUAGUUUAAGAUCUUUUAUUAACAAAUAACUUUAUUUAAGCUGAUAAGUUGCCUUAAAUUUCAUUAAAAAUGAAGAUAAACGAGAAGAACCUAUAUACAUUUGCGAAUAGUAAGCCUGUAGACCGAGAAGGUAAGGACUUAAUUGCGUUGUCAAGUUUCAUAAUAAAAAAAAAAGUUUUCACAAUAACAAAAAAAAAUCUUUAUUGCUCAUUUCAAGGCUAUUUAUAUUUCAAAAGAGACACGAAAUUCAGUAAACGAUGGUUUGUGCUGAAAGGGAACUUGUUGUUCUAUUUUGAGAAGAAAGGGGAUAAGGAACCAUUAGGGCUGUUACUUUUAGAAGGAUGCACAGUGGAACUAUCAGCCGAAGAAGAAUCCCAACAGUAUUGCUUUCAAAUUCAAUUCAUGACACCAGGCGAGAUUCGUACGUACUUUAUGUCCGCUGACUGUCAAACAUCGAUGGAGAGUUGGAUGAAGUCUAUAACAUGCGCAAGCUACGACUAUAUGAAAUUAAUGGUUGCAGAAUUGCAACGACAACUUGAAGAAAUCGACAAUAGAAAUAAAAAUCAGACACUUAGUAAAAAUGAGCCAAAAACGCCCGUUAAGCCACCGAGACAAAGACAAAAUCCAUUUAAUAAGCUACCAUCCAGUUCAAAUCAAUCAUCUCACUCAGCUGCAGAACCUUCAGAAGUAAGAAGACGCACAAUUUGGCAAUCGCUGUACGAUACAAAUCAUUCCAGCAGCAACACUGAUGUGCUUUAAAUUGACCAUUUCUUCAACUUCAAUUUCAAAACUGGGAUAACAAAAAAAUAAUUAUUUUAGAUAUAAUCGAUGUGAUAAGAAAAAAAAAUGGAUAUAUAUCAUUUAACCAUUAAUAUAUGCAUGAAAGCUGCUCAAUUAUUGGCUUGAAGUAUUAUUUUUUGAUCGUCUUGUGAAUGUCUUUUUUAUGACCUGAUUUCGUCCCUUAUUUUUUUAUGAUUUGGAUCAAUUAAAAAACUUUUGUAUGAGCAAGUAUUGUUUUAAUACCUUUACUUACCCCACUUAAUGAUUUUUUUUAUAUUUUUUUUUCUCUUAUUCUUUUUCUCUUUAUCUAUCGCAGUCCAAAGAUCUCCAAUGCAUAAACCGCUCGAGUCGCAUUUUUAGACUAUAAAGUAAUUAGGACAUAAAAAAACUGUUGAAUUUUUAAAAUUCUAGAACAAAAAAUAAACAAUAUUUGGUUUACAAAGGAAUUGGAAGUGGAUUCAAAAUUAUUGAUUAGAAUUUAAGAGAUAUUUGCUCAUAUGAUGCUUGAAAUGGCACUUAUAUGGAUUUAGGGGAUAUUUUAGAUGCUUAGAAUGUUACAAUUAGAGCUUUGCUUUGCUUCAGCAGUUAAAUUUAAAUUUAGAACAUCACAAUAGCUUACUUAAAACAUUAAAACCUUAUAAAUGUUUCCUUAUGACUGUUGUAAGGUUUAUAGGCAAAUAAUGACGAAUUUGUAGUGUUUUAGCGAUGAAAAUUAAUGAGAACUUCACAAAUGUUUCAUAUCAAAACUGUUGAAUGGUUCAUAAUUAGAAUUAAAAAUGUUUAAAACCAUAUAAAUGUAAAUUUUAAAACAUCAUUGAAAAGCAAAACAAAUGAAAAUGAAAAUUCAAAAUCCUAACAUGAAUAAUUUUCAAAUCAAUUCCAAUUCAUUACCAUUUUAAUUUAGUGAUCUAAAAAAACAAAGAAGUUACAUAUUCGAGAACAAAAAACUAUCUAUAAAUUAUAUCAAUUUAAAAAAAUCAAAUUUUUAUUUUAUAAAAAUGUUUUUCUUCCUGACUCUAUCUCAACUAUAUGCUACAUAUUUCUCUAAAGAUAUCAAUAAGGAAUAAAUAAAAAAUUUAUUCAUAUCAAAAAAAAAAAGACGAGGUUUUUGUGCUACUUAAUUACUAUUAAAGUAUCUUUGUUCCAUAAACUAUGUUUCAGUUAUUCACUUAUUUGUUGUAUACCUGAGUUUUUAUAGAAUAUCAUCUUAACUACAGAUGCUAUGAGAUAAAUUACUGAUAAAGCUAUAAAGUAGCAACCAAAUAUUAAGUAUUGGAGUCGUAUGUUAAGAUUUAGCCAUGACAUGACAACUAGUGUUAUGAUUGUUUGGAAUAUUAAAGCUAUUAAUGUAUUGAUACCGAAAAUGAGGGCAAAACUGUCAUCGGCCAGCUCUUGUGCUACAAAUGCUGUUGCUAACGUUAUCAUGAAACUAAAUAUUACGCCAAAUAGAACAUACAUUGUGUACGCAAUGUAAAUCUGAUUAGUUUGUGAUGAUAUUACAAUCAUUAUUCCUUGAAGUAGUGAGCAGACUGUCAGCACCCACAUGUCAUAUUUUCUAAAUGUUUUACUGGUUAAAAAUCCAGCUAAGAAUGCACUCAAUGCACCAAAAGCUGUUAAAAUUGCCUCUACACCGGCAUUGAACAGAUGAUCUCGAUCUUCAACAGCCAUCCAUAAAAUUUGUACGUAAAAUUGCACUAAGAAGAAUCCACCCAUAGCCAAUGCCCACCAAAAACUCCACUGAACCACAGUUGGAUUAGAAUAAGAGUCUAUAAAAUGCUUCCAUAGCAACGACGUUGCCUGCCUCGUUGAAAAUCUCGAUUUAAAUUCUUUUUUGGUAUCAGAUUGCGACGAAUUGUCUGUUCCAUAUGAGCUGUUUUGUGUAUCGUCGUUUGGGACUGAAUAAAAGUAUAAACUUCUUCCUACUGAUGGCAACAAAAAGCCGACAAACAAUGAGAUCGU